CAUUUCCUUCCCUUUUUUUUUUUCCAUCUUUCCGCUGCCGUUUCGCUUAGAUUCUCCGACCCCGUUUCGCGUUUCGCCGCCGUGCCUCACCUCCUCUCUCUCCACCGUCGAUUUCCGCGGCCAUGUCGACGGCGGAGAUGGAGCAACUGACCUCGGGAGCGAGCAACCGCAUCAUCCCGCUCCUCAAGGCCCUGAGGACCUCCCUCCUCUUCGUCCACACCGUCUUCCUCUCGCUGCUUCUCUUCGUCUUCCGCCGCCCCCGCCGCCGCUGCCUGUCGGAAUCGCUCACGGAGUCGACGGCCAAGAAGCGGAAAUCGGCGUGGAGGAGAGAGGAGGAGGACACUUUCAGACGGAGAGCUUUGGCCGAGGAACUCCACACCGGAGACGGAGACUGCCGGUUCCGUCGCGACACCUUCUUGUUCUACGGUGUAAGGCAAAGCGCCUUAUUCUGCCGCUCAUGGUUUCCGGUCUCCGGUAAUCCAAGGGCUAUUUUGGUCAUCAUACAUGGGCUGAAUGAACACAGUGGAAGAUAUGCUGAUUUUGCGAGGCAACUAACCUCAUGCAACUUUGGGGUUUAUGCAAUGGACUGGAUAGGUCAUGGUGGCAGUGAUGGAUUGCAUGGCUAUGUUCCUUCACUUGACCAUGUUGUUGCUGAUACUGGGGAUUUCUUGGAAAAGAUUAGAUUAGAGAACCCUGGAGCACCGUGCUUCCUCUUUGGUCACUCAACUGGAGGAGCUGUGGUUUUGAAGGCGGCAACCUAUGCUAAAAUUGAAGAAAAGGUGGAAGGUAUAAUACUGACCUCACCAGCUUUGCGUGUUAAGCCAGCACAUCCAAUUGUUGGGGCUGUGGCUCCACUUGUUUCUUUGGUCGCUCCCAAGUUCCAGUUUAAAGGUGCAAACAAAAGGGGAAUUCCAGUAUCUAGAGAUCCUGCAGCACUGGUAGCCAAGUAUUCCGAUCCCCUGGUCUAUACAGGGCCAAUAAGGGUCAGAACAGGCUAUGAGAUAUUGCGUAUCUCUGCUCACUUGACGAGAAACUUUAAGUUUGUGACUGUACCCUUCUUUGUUCUUCAUGGGACUGCUGAUAGAGUCACGGAUCCUCUGGCCUCUCAGGAUCUGUACACAGAGGCAGCGUCUGAGUUCAAAGACAUAAAGCUCUAUGAUGGUUUCUUGCACGAUCUCCUGUUUGAGCCUGAACGCGAAGAGAUUGCGCAGGAUAUAAUUGACUGGAUGGAGAAGCGAUUAGGUGCUGGCCUUGAAGACGUUACCAACUUUGCAUAAGUUAUUUGCCCCACCCCAUUUUUGCCCAAAAAAAAGAAAAAAAUCGGGGAGUUUUUUAGGCCAUAUACACGCAUGUCCUUUUUUAUUUUAAUAAGUUGUUUGAAAUGUACGUGGUUUGCUCAUCAUCAUCAUCAAAACUUGUAUUUGAUGACUGAAAUGUUUAUAGGGUAUAGCUUGUGAUCGGCAAAAUGGUUUGUCACUUUUAUUUGGGACCUCCUGCCGAUGUGAAGAUGAUGUUAGGUGUCUUUAGAAAAGUGAAAGUCCUCUCGAACAGUAAAUUCAACUUCCAAGGUUCCUAGCACAUAGCACAUUCUUGAUUUUGUUCUUGUAUUUUGAGUUUCUCGUUAUAUAUAAUACAUCAAUGACAACCACAUAGCUGAACUUAAUUAA